AUGGCGGAAGCAAGUCUUUUCAUCAAACACGAAUCUGACGAUCACAGCAAUCCUUUCAUGAUGUCUCACUCCGGUUACUCCAUGGGUAACCAGUUUGGAAACCCCAACGAGGCCGUGGACCCCUCGGAUCUGAACAUGCACCAAGGCGGAUUUAUGCCGUAUUCCUACGGCUCGCAACAGAAUAUGUCCUCCAGCUUCAACUUUGGAAACUCAGGAAUUGAUACCGAUGAACUCCUGGACCUGGAAAUUAGCGCGCCCAAUGGCCACCAGCGCAAUGACAUGAAUUACAUGCAGGACCAAUCCGCAGGAGGUAUCGCCAUGAGUCACCAGAGCCAGAUGUCACAUCUCUACUCUAAUACCCCGGACAAUGCCCCAAUGGCCAGCCCUUUCGUCCAAAACAGCUUUAACUAUGAACAAUUCCGGAUGAACCAGCAAAACCCCCACAUGCACACAGGCUCCUUUGACCAGAACUAUGCCAAGAGCCGCCCCGGCUUGCAGAACAUGGAACGCGUGCCUUCAGAUGGUCGGAGCCCCAUGACCCCGAAAACUCCCGCCCUUGGAUCCCUGAACUUGGGUACUCCGGAGUCUGGCAGUUUCCCCGGUCAACCGAUCCGUACAGGCGGGUUGCAAGCUCGACACCAGAAGACAUUGUCCAACCAAUGGGAUGGAACCCCGACCAGCGCGCAUUCCUACGUGGACUCGCCCAUUUCCUCACCUCCCCAGCAUCACCAUGCCGGCAUCUCAGAGAUUCUCAAGUCUGGAAAACACGCUUCCCUGCCUGCCAAGGUUGAUAACCACAUGCCGGGCAGUGCCCAAGACCUUGAAUCACAGGAGGCCAAGCGUCGACGUCGACGUGCCUCUCACAAUCUGGUCGAGCGUCGCCGUCGCGACAACAUUAACGAACGUAUUCAGGAUCUAUCCCACUUGGUACCGCAGCACCGACUGGAAGAUGACAAGGUCCGCAAGCAGCUCGUGAAUAACAGCGCUCUUUCUAUGGCUGGUGUGGGCGGAAAUGCUGCCACCUCCCUUCUUGCAGGGGGAAACGGACGACGCGCGACACCUGGUAACAUCACCAUGGGUCUUCCUAUCGAAGAGAAGGAGAAAGGACCGAAUAAAGGUGAUAUCCUGAACGGAGCUGUUAGCUGGAUGCGCGAUCUCAUGUGGGCCUUGCAUGUUAAGUACCAACAAGAAGCUGAACUCGCCGAGAUGAUCAGCAGUCUGGGUGGCACUUGGCCAUUUGAACCCACCGAGGAAGAGAAGCGCAUGCGCAGUGAGAUCCUCGAUGCCUUGGAGAUCAACGACCCCACUUCUUUCAGCUACACCCGAGGACCCGGUAGCGGUCUGCGGGUCCCCAAGCACACCAACCUCGCCGGUGACGCUAUGCAGGGUGGUGACGGACUCACCCCACCUAAUUUGAGCCCAUCCUACCACAGUGGUGCCAGCAGCACCAAUGGCGCAUCUGGCCAGGCUCAAUACUGGAGCACUUCUGGACACGCCGGAAUGAGCUUCAAGGAAGAAGACGAGUAUGGAAUGGAGAUGAAUUGA